AUGAAGGUGAUCAUUGUGUUGGCAACGAUUGUCGCCAGUGUACUGGCUGGUCCGGAAGAGGAUAUUUGGCUCCGCUACAAUCGGCGGAUGCCGGGAGCAUACCACACGGUGGGCUCACCUUCGACACCACCUCGCCAAGGAAGAAUCGUUGGUGGUGUAGAUGCCAACAUCGCCAACUACCCGUACCAGCUAUCACUGCGACGCAAUGGAGGCCAUUCUUGUGGAGCCUCGGUCAUUGGGACCCGUUGGGCCCUAUCAGCCGCUCAUUGUACCUUCCCUGUGCCAGCGCUAAGUGCGAUGCAGCUUCUGGGAGGUACAGCUGAUCGUACUCAAGGAGGAGUUACUUUCGCCAUAGAAGAGAUUGUCAAUCACCCGGACUACAAUGAUUGGACACUGGAGUACGAUAUUUGUGUGUUGCGUACCGGGGCAGACCUGAGUGGAGUUCACAUCACUCCCAUCGCAUUGGAUCCUGUCGGAGCAGUACAUGCUCCCGGCACAAGAGCAGUUGUUAGUGGUUGGGGAUUUAAUGGACAAGGAGUUCUACCAAUAAUCUUACAACGUGUCGACGUACCUAUUGUUUCCGAUGCCGAAUGCAUUGCUGCUUGGCCUGCAGGAUGGAUAACUCCAGAUAUGAUGUGUGCAAGCGAGACAGGCCGCGAUGCGUGCAAUGCGGAUAGUGGUGGCCCCUUGGCCGUUGGUGGAGUGCAAAUUGGAGUGGUGUCGUGGGGUGAUCCAAAUUGUCAGGGAACAGAUCCAGGCGUCUUCGCACGUGUCUCUGAUCCAUCGAUUCGUCGGUUUAUAACAGAGACGACUGGAUAUUAA